AUGAACCGUUACACAACCAUGAAACAACUUGGCGACGGCACCUAUGGCAGUGUACUCAUGGGAAAGAGCAAUGAGUCAGGCGAGCUUGUGGCUAUCAAAAGGAUGAAAAGAAAGUUCUAUUCUUGGGAUGAAUGUAUGAAUUUGAGAGAAGUCAAGUCUCUUAAGAAGCUGAAUCACGCUAAUGUGAUAAAACUGAAAGAAGUUAUCAGAGAAAAUGACCAUCUUUAUUUUGUGUUUGAGUAUAUGAAGGAAAAUCUCUAUCAGUUAAUGAAGGACAGAAACAAGUUGUUCCCUGAGUCAGUCAUCAGAAACAUUAUGUAUCAAAUAUUACAAGGGCUAGCUUUUAUCCAUAAGCACGGUUUUUUCCAUCGGGAUAUGAAGCCUGAAAACCUUCUCUGUAUGGGUCCAGAGCUUGUGAAAAUAGCUGAUUUUGGAUUGGCUAGAGAACUAAGAUCUCAACCACCAUACACAGAUUAUGUUUCUACCAGAUGGUACCGUGCGCCUGAAGUUUUAUUGAGAUCUUCUGUUUAUAGCUCUCCUAUUGAUAUAUGGGCUGUUGGUAGCAUAAUGGCUGAACUGUACACGCUGAGACCUCUUUUCCCAGGGACAAGCGAAGUAGAUGAAAUCUUCAAAAUUUGCCAAGUAUUAGGGACUCCAAAGAAGAGUGACUGGCCAGAAGGGUACCAGCUUGCGUCUGCCAUGAAUUUCCGCUUCCCACAAUGUAUCUCUAUGCACCUCAAAACUCUCAUUCCAAAUGCCAGCAAUGAGGCAAUACAGCUUAUGACUGAUAUGCUAAACUGGGAUCCAAAGAAACGACCUACAGCAAGUCAGGCUUUGAAAUACCCUUAUUUUCAAGUUGGCCAAGUUUUAGGACCUCCUCCACAAUAUUUGGAACAGAAACAAUCUGUUAUUAAACCUGUUCAGCCAACAGAGCCAAAGCCAAAUCUACCGAAAUUAGAACCUGUAUCAAAACUAGAAUCUGUAUCCAAGCCAGAAUCUCAGUCUUCACCUGAUGCACUUGACGAGACUCAGCCACAACUUCCAUCAAAGAUUAACCACCAACCUCUCCAGCAAAUCCAGCUGUCACAGAAUACAACUAACCAACAACUACCCCAACAGCAGCAGCCACAACCACUUCUUCCAGCCAUCAAUAAAAAUUCAUCACCAAAGCAAGCAAUCACAGGCCUUCAAAAUGGUGCAGUUGGUCUUAAAAAUUGCAGGAGACGAUGGGGUCAGACUCUGUUAAAGACUAUGGACAGUUGGGAUGACUUGGAGGACACAGAAUUUGGAAUUUCGUAUUCCAAGAAGCCCAGCAUUUCACAGUUAAAGGAAAAGAAAACAAAAGAGUUUUUGUUUAGCAUGCCAGAGCCAAAGGCCUUGGGCUGUAUCCAGUCAGGAGGGGAAAGCAAAGCUCUUAUGCGAAAUGACUCUGGAAUAUCAAAUACAUCAGCAAAACAAUACUACCUGAGACAAUCAAGAUAUCUUCCUGGUGUAAACCCCAAGAAUGUCUCCUUAGUAGCAGCCAGUAAAGAAGGCUCUCAAGGAAUCUGGAACAAUUCAUUGUUUUCUAAACCACUAGGGCCUACUGGAGGAGGUCUGUCUUUUAACAGAACGAAUGCAGAAGAAAACAUAAUUAAACCAAUUGAAAAACUGUCAUGCAAAGAAAGGUUGAAUGAAAAAUUGGAGGAGCCAAAAGGUAAUUUAUGGCAAUUUGCUGCUUACAACCCAUCUGGAGGAUAUAUCCCUUCCUUUCAUAAAAAAGAAGUUGGAUCAGCUGGACAAAGGAUACAACUAGCUCCUCUUGGUGCAUCAGCAUCAGAUUAUUCUUGGAAAACCAAAGCUGCUCGUGCUCAAUUACCAGGCCCUACUUACAAUCCAGCUGCAAAAAACAUGAAUAUCCUGACCCGCCCACCUCCAAUUCAACCAGUACAUGGAAGAACAGACUGGGUGGCCAAAUAUGGAGGACAUCGAUAG